CCCUCUUAUAUCCCCUAACUUCUUUUUCAAUACUAACAUCGCUCCUCACAGUACGACUUGCUCCACCGACCAGAGCUAAGUUUUGCGGCGAUUUCCGCACACCAGAUACCUCUAUCUGAAGCCAUUUAAAUCAUUUUUCCAUGUCGAUAAAAACUGUUAAAGUCGGUAAUGUUUCCUUGGGAGCAACUGACCAAGACAUUAAGGAGUUCUUUUCUUUUUCUGGUGAUAUUGAAUAUGUUGAACUACAGAGUCAUGAUGAACGAUCUCAAAUUGCUUAUAUUACCUUCAAGGAUUCACAGGGAGCUGAGACUGCUGUACUGCUUUCGGGUGCAACAAUAGUCGAUAUGCCAGUUACAAUAACUCUGGAUCCAGAUUACCAGCUUCCACCUGCUGCCUUAGCUUCCAGCAACGUAAGUCAAACUCCUGGUGGUGGUGAAUCUGCUUUACGAAAGGCAGAGGAUGUGGUCUCCGGCAUGCUAGCCAAAGGCUUUAUCUUAGGGAAAGAUGCUGUCAACAAAGCAAAGACUUUUGACGAGAAGCACCAGUUAACGCACACAGCCUCAGCAAAAGUUGCAUCUUUUGAUCAGAAAAUUGGGCUUAGCGAGAAAAUAAGUGCUGGUGCUACAGUUGUGGGAGAUAGAGUUCGAGAAGUGGACCAAAAGUUUCAGGUUUCAGAAAAGACCAAAUCAGCAUUUGCAGCUGCAGAACAGACAGUUAGUAAUGCUGGUUCUGCCAUAAUGAAGAAUCGCUAUGUUCUUACUGGGGCCUCCUGGGUAACCGGUGCUUUUAAUAAGGUUUCUAAGGCAGCUGGGGAAGUUGGACAGAAGACAAAAGAGAAAGUGGAGAAUGCAGAAGAGCAACAGAAACGAAAAGUGGAAGAUCAGUAUGCACAGGUCCUUUCUGAGGCCCCAAAAGCAGCAGAAGCAAGUGAGAAGCAGCCUUCCAAGCCUGCUCCUGCUCAGGGUUUGAUCCUUUGAUUUGCUUCAUGUAUGUAUAUAUAUACUUUCUCUGAAACUCCUGCAAAGUGUUUUAAGAUGAUUACCACCAGACCUUUGUUUUUUUUCCAGAUCGGAAGUGAAUGUGGGACUGAUUUUCUGUUGGACAUGUUUGCAAUUGUUUAAUUUUCUUCUAUAAUAUAAACUAAUUUCCUAGUUGUGUAAUAA